UAAUUUUUGACUGACUGCAACUGUAUAAUGAUUGCUAAUAUGCAUUACUGUGCAUGACAUCAAUGAGCAUGCUACUAGUGCAUUGUGUGUACAUAUACCAAAUGAUUUGAAACGCAUGUGUUCUCUUCGACUAUUGUUUGAAAUGUACAACCGUGUAUUAUUCUUCUAAAAGCAAAUAUCUGCUUGUGUGUUAGUGUGUGUGUGAUGCGCAAAAGUAUUGUGCUUAGUGCGUGAGAUGACACCAGAAGUGACAGGUGCGUUUUUACAAAAUCAGUAGUGCUCUCUUCCCUUCAAAUUUCUUUUUUAAUAAGAAAACGAAAGAAAAAAAUGAGCCAAUGUGUACAGCGAUUUUAGUGUAUAAAAUAUUAAUUUGAGAAUAAGUAGAAAAUAUGGCGAAGGACGAAGGCGAUGACCUUUUACCUGACAAAGACGCUGCAAAGGGUUUUUAUGCAAAAUAUGAACCUAAAGAAAUUCUCGGAAGAGGAAUUUCGUCGACAGUCCGAAGGUGCAUAGAAAAAGAGACGGGUAUUGAAUAUGCGGCGAAAAUAAUAGAUAUAAGUAACGAACCUCAUGAUGGCACAGAUUUGCACACCAUGAAAGAUGCAACAAUGCAAGAGGUGCAUAUUCUUCGUAGAGUUGCUGGUCAUCCUUUCAUAAUUGAAUUACACGACGUAUUUGAAUCGAAUACCUUUAUUUUCUUGAUAUUUGAGCUUUGUAAAAAUGGAGAGCUAUUUGAUUAUCUGACGUCAGUUGUUACAUUGUCAGAAAAGAAGACUCGUUAUAUCAUGAGACAGGUAUUUGAGGGAGUUCAACACGUGCAUAAUCAAGGAAUUGCACAUCGUGAUUUAAAACCGGAAAAUAUUCUACUUGACGAUAGUUUAAAUGUCAAAAUCACGGACUUUGGUUUUGCUAGAAUUUUAGAACCUGGCGAUAAACUUUUUGAUUUAUGCGGAACUCCAGGAUAUCUAGCGCCAGAAGUUCUUAAAUGUAAUAUGUUCGAAAAUGCUGAGGGUUAUACUAAAGAAGUGGAUGUAUGGGCUUGUGGAGUAAUAAUGUAUACUUUAUUGGUUGGUUGUCCACCUUUUUGGCAUCGAAAGCAAAUGGUUAUGCUCAGGAAUAUUAUGGAGGGCAAAUUUUCGUUCACGUCUCCAGAAUGGGCCGAUAUAACUGACGCUCCAAAGGAUUUAAUUAGAAAAUUGUUAGUUGUCGAUCCAAAGAAGAGGAUAACAAUAAAGGAAGCUCUGGAUCAUUCGUUCUUCCACACAGUUCUAUGGGACCAAGACAUCGCUCCCUUAAAGCGUUCUCUAUCUUCUAAUUCGAGACGUCUCAGUAGGAUAUCUCAAUUAGCUUUGGAACUCAAGGCAAAAUCAUUUAAUGCGAGGAAAAAAUUUCAACUGGCAAUUCUUUGCGUACGAGCGGUUAUUCGCAUUAAAAGAUUGCACACAACUCCGGAGCCUCUUUCUAUAAGUGUAGCAUGUGACGAUCCGUAUCGAAUCAAGGUUCUACGAAAGGUAAUUGAUGGAUGUGCAUUCCGUGUCUACGGCCACUGGGUGAAAAAGGGAGAAGGACAAAAUCGUGCUGCACUUUUCGAAAAUACACCAAAGACAGACCUUAAACAUUUGUACGUCACUAAUUUGAGUAGAUAGCCAAUAUUACAAUGAAGCGAAGCUUAUAGUUAAAUUUUUUUUUCAAAGUACUUUAUUUAUAGUUAUUAACUAUAUUUUUUCUUCUAGAGAAUGUUUUUUAGUCAUUUAUGAAAUUUGUCAGUAUGUGAAAAUGUAGGGAAAAAAAAGUAAAAAUAUUGUGUGAUGAAGAGAAGGACACUAUCGAUUUUAUCCAUUGUUGAUUAAUCGAUUGUUUAAAGUCCUUUUUAUAUACAGAGAGAAUACAGAGAAAUGUGAUAUUUUUCCGCUGGAAUAAUUGGUAUAUUUAUAUACUAAUUUCGAAAAAAAAGAAAAAAUUUUCAAAAUAUUCUAAUUAGGUACAACUAAAAAAUGUUGAAAAAAAAUGUUUGUUAGCUAGUUUCUUUUAAAAUUAUACUGAUGAAUUCUCAAAAAAUUCUUUCAAGUAGCUUUACAAUGCUUCGAUUUCCUUAUAGAUGUUUAAAAAUAAACGUGAAUAUAAUUAUCGUGUGAAUUUUUAAUAAACAAAGAGAACUGGAAAUUUUGUUUCAAAAAGCAAUUCUUUUAAUUGCCUUGGAACGAAAUUAUUCAAAUAUUGAAUUGACUAUUAUUAAAAUAAACAUUUAUUUUUUAAAAAUAAAUAUUUCUUUUAAAUAAACAUUUAUUUGUUAUAAAUAAAUAUUUAUUUAUUAUAAACAUUUAUUUUUCGAAAUUAAUAUUAUGGUCCGAAGUAAUAUUUACUGUUUUUAAUUAAUGUCAUUGAUAAUAAAUUACUUCAAUAUUUAUUCAGUUAAUUGUCAUUCAGUGUUAAUUUCAAUGGUGCUAUAAAUAAUUAAAAAAAAAAAAAAUUUUCUCUACUAAUGAAAUCAGUUGAAAAAGAAUAUUGUCAAAUUGUAAGCAAUUUACAAUUCAUGAGCCACAAUUUUUGAAUGUUCAAAUGAAAGAAAUUUGUUCAAUUCGAAAUAUUUUCGUAAAUUGUUGAUUGUUAUAAAAAUU